GGCAGGAGGAUCUGAUUAUCUUUGUUAUAAAUUUCAGUGUAGCGCAAUAAAAUACUUCAGGAGAAUGAGACAUCUACAAAGGAGAUAUUUGGAAGCAAUUCACUGGAUUCAGCGCCAGUCUGAAACCUUUCUUGAUUUUUAUUUGUUACCAGGAUUCUUUUAGUAAUUAAGAUGGCCACCUCCUGCAGCUCUCAGUUGAGUAAAUGCGUUAAGCAGCACUACUUGGAUCUCCCGCAAGGUGACAAGGUGCAAGCUAUGUACAUCUGGAUCGAUGGAACGGGAGAGAGCGUUCGCUGCAAAACCCGAACACUGGACUCGGAGCCAAAAAGCAUUGACGAUCUGCCAGAGUGGAACUUUGAUGGCUCCAGUACCUACCAGUCUGAAGGCUCCAACAGUGACAUGUACCUGAUUCCUGUUGCCAUGUUCAGGGAUCCCUUCCGGAAAGACCCCAACAAACUGGUCCUGUGUGAAGUGAUGAAAUACAACAGGAAACCUGCAGAAACAAACCUUCGUCAUUCCUGUAAGAGAAUCAUGGAGAUGGUGGCGAACCAGCACCCAUGGUUUGGUAUGGAGCAGGAAUACACCAUUCUUGGAACUGACGGGCACCCAUUUGGCUGGCCUUCCAAUGGUUUCCCUGGUCCUCAAGGUCCCUAUUACUGUGGUGUUGGUGCAGACAAGGCCUAUGGGAGAGAUAUUGUGGAAGCUCAUUAUAGAGCGUGCCUCUACGCUGGAGUAGAAAUCUGUGGGACAAAUGCUGAAGUCAUGCCAGCUCAGUGGGAGUUCCAGGUUGGCCCCUCUGAAGGAAUCAACAUGGGAGACCACUUGUGGGCAGCCCGGUUUAUCCUACACCGAGUUUGUGAAGAUUUCGGAGUCAUUGUCUCAUUUGACCCCAAGCCGAUCCCUGGCAACUGGAAUGGAGCUGGCUGCCAUACCAACUUCAGCACCAGGGAGAUGAGGGAAGAUGGAGGCUUGACGUACAUUGAGGAGUCCAUUGAGAAGCUUGCCAAGAGGCAUGACUAUCACAUCCGUGCCUAUGAUCCUAAGGGGGGGUUGGAUAACGCCAGACGCCUGACCGGUCGCCAUGAAACCUCCAACAUCCAUGAGUUCUCUGCCGGCGUCGCCAAUCGUGGGGCUAGUAUCCGAAUCCCUCGGGCAGUGGGCCAGGAUAAGAAGGGGUACUUUGAAGACCGCCGUCCUUCUGCCAACUGCGACCCCUACAGUGUAACAGAGGCACUGAUUCGUACGUGUUUGCUUGGUGAAGAGGGGGAGGAGCCUGUGGAAUACAAGAACUAAACUGAAAGACUGAACUUCACAUUUUAUUUAGCUGUGUUUAUAAAUUUGUUGGGGGGCAGGCUAUGGGUCUAAAGCCAGUACUGUACUUUUUUAUUCUUUGUGAUGUGUUUUUUUUUUGGUUUUUUUUUAGGUCAAGGGGAGAAAGUUUGGGAUGAGAAAGUAAAUGUUGUCCAUGUCUUUAAUAGCUCUCCAGUAACAUAAGUUGACAGGUCAACUAAAGCAAAAUGAAUUAAUAAUAAAAAUAAAGUUUUAAAACAAAUCUGAACCUGCUGUAGGACUUUGCAAUGCCUGGGCACACCAGCAUCCUACCUUUCUCUAAAUAGAGAGAGAGGGAAAAAAAGCAAGAGCUCGCUAGUGUUAAUGGUCAGUGACAACUGGUUUCAUGCCCUUGGCAAUCCUACCAAGUUGCACCAAUGCUUAUCAUUCCUAAAUAACUAGAUUGGACUAACAUCCCUAGUAACAAUUUAUGCUGGACACUAAUAUGUAUACAGCUGGGGUGGAGAUCUGAUUUUUUUUUGGGGGUGGGAGUGCAAGAACAUUAAAGUUCCCUGUAUUUUGUAUUUUGUAUAUUGAGAUUGUUAAUCCAGCAUGUGACGUGGUGUGUUUAACUUGACCAUCUGAUCAGACACUAACCAGCAAGACACCAUUUCUACAAAAUAAAGUUGGUCACUGCCCUCCUUUCGAUGUAUUUUGUAGAAUCCAAUUACGAUUUGAAUCUUAAAAUAAGACUUAUGAAACUGACUGUUUCUGAGUCCAGACGCAUUUUGUUGAAUUAUGCGUCAGGCUGUCUUGGAGGAUUGUAAUACUUGUUGCUUCUUUCUGUCUAGCAUUGUCUAAUAGAUUUUAUUUGGCAUUUUGUUAGUCAUUUACAAAUAGUGAACAUGGUGUUUUAUUGAACCAUUAAAACAUUUGUUAUAUUUUUACCAACA